GAAACGACGCAAUCAAUGUUUAACUCCUUUGAGAGCUGCGAUUUCUCGUGUCCCGGCGACAGUUCCUUCUACGGCGAGGAUGUGAUUCCCACUAACAACUACUUCGAGUGCGAUCUGAAGUUGCAACAACAACAACAGCCACAGCAACAGCAACAGCUGAACAAUGGCUCUGUUUUCGGGCGUACGCCCAUAAAUGAACCCACCGUGAACUUUAGCAAUGGGUCAUUCUAUAAUGGCCCACCAGCCAGAAACCAACCGUAUGUGGGUCCCAUAAUGGGGCCCAGUGUGUCCUCCGUUGGGAUGCAAAGGUAUCAUCCGUAUCACCAGCAACAGCCUCAGGAUCCUUUCUAUGGCCAAAGGGGCGGUCUUUUGAAUGUGGCCACACCCUGUCGCGAAACCCGCCCCUGGAGCUACGCCUAUUGCUAUGGCUACGCCCCCACCAACACACAACCUUGCCAGUUCUCGCAGUUCGUGGACAUCGAAGAUUUUAUGAACAAUGAAAAGCGCAAGGAAAAGUCUCGCGAUGCGGCUAGAUGUCGUCGCUCCAAGGAGACGGAGAUUUUCAUGGAGCUCUCGGCGGCCUUGCCAUUGAAGACCGACGAUGUCAAUCAACUGGACAAGGCCUCCGUGAUGAGGAUCACCAUCGCUUACCUCAAGAUUCGCGAGAUGCUGGAGUCGAUACCCAGUGCUCGGGACUGCAAGAAUACCCUCCAAAAGGUAGGAGAAGCGAUGGAAAACAAUCAGGAGGUCAAGCCCAAGCUGGAAGUGGGCAACGAGGACUGGCUCAAUGGAGCAGAGGCCAAAGAGCUUCUCAAACAGACCAUGGACGGCUUUCUGAUGGUCUUGUCCCACGAAGGGGAUAUCACUUAUGUGUCCGAAAAUGUCGUCGAGUAUCUGGGCAUCACCAAGAUCGACACCCUUGGCCAGCAGAUCUGGGAGUACUCUCACCAGUGCGACCAUGCCGAGAUCAAAGAGGCCCUCAGCCUGAAGCGCGAGAUUGCCGAGAAGGUCAAGGUUGAGCCGCAGCAAGACUCCGGGGUGAGCACCCAUCAUCGGGACCUGUUCGUGCGCUUAAAGUGCACCCUGACCAGUCGCGGGCGCAGCAUCAACAUCAAGAGCGCCUCUUAUAAGGUCAUUCACAUCACUGGACACUUGGUGGUCAAUGCCAAGGGCGAGCGCCUGCUGAUGGCCAUUGGCCGACCCAUUCCGCAUCCGUCGAACAUAGAGAUACCCUUGGGAACCAGCACCUUCCUUACUAAGCACUCCCUGGAUAUGCGUUUCACCUAUGUGGACGACAAAAUGCAUGGCCUGUUGGGAUAUUCGCCCAAGGAUCUGCUCGACACUUCCCUAUUUGUCUGCCAGCAUGGAGCUGAUUCCGAACGCCUGAUGGCCACCUUCAAGAGCGUGCUGAGCAAGGGCCAGGGUGAGACAUCCCGGUACAGAUUCCUGGGAAAAUACGGCGGCUACUGCUGGAUUCUUAGCCAGGCCACGAUCGUCUACGACAAGCUAAAGCCGCAGAGCGUUGUCUGCGUUAACUACGUCAUAAGUAAUCUUGAGAAUAAACAUGAGAUAUACUCACUCGCUCAACAAACGGCGGCAAGUGAGCAAAAGGAACACCACCACCGACCAGCUGAAAUCGAGGAGGAGCCACCAAAAGCAACAGCUCCAGAAAUAAUCCCGUUGGAGACCAAGGAAACAGGAACCAAGCCAAUUCCCAUAGAGAUUGAGGAUAAGGUUGAGGCUAUCGACAUCAAGGAAAAAGAGAAAAUCAACGAGGAAAUACCUUUGGAACUACCAGAGACCAAGAUAAUCCCACCAGUAACUGCAACUGCUACGGCUGAUCAGAUAAAGCAGCUCCCCGAGAGCACUCCCUUCAAGCAGAUCCUCCAGGCGGAGUUGCUGAUCAAGCGGGAGAACCACUCGCCAGGUCCGCGCACUAUCACCGCCCAGCUGUUUAGCUGCAAUAGCAGCGGCCUGCGACCCGAGGAGAAGCGUCCCAAGUCGGUGACCGCUUCGGUCUUCCGCCCGAGUCCCGCUCCACCGUUGACCCCACCGCCGGCGGUCCUCUGCAAAAAGACUUCGCUUAGCGUGGAGCCCACUCUGCCGCCCACAACCACCGCCACGGCAGCCAUAAUCUCGUCGAGCAAUCAGCAGCUGCAGAUUCCACAGCCAAGUCAACUGACUCUGCAGCAACCGGCUCAAGAUAUGAAUAAAGGAUUCUGCUCGCUGUUUGCCGAUGAUGGACGAGGUCUGACAAUGCUUAAGGAAGAACCCGAUGAUCUGUCCCACCACCUGGCCUCCACCAAUUGCAUCCAGUUAGACGAGAUGACGCCUUUUGGCGAUAUGUUGGUGGGCCUCAUGGGCUCCUGCCUGCUGCCCGAGGAGAUCAAUUCCCUGGACUCGACCACCUGCUCCACGACGGCCAGUGGCCAGCACUACCAGAGCCCCACCAGCAGCAGCAACUCUGCACCAAGCAAUACCAGUAGCAAUAGCAAUAGCUAUGCCAACAGUCCGCUCAGCCCGCUCACACCCACUCCCCCGGCCAGUGCCAGUAAUCCCAGUCAUCAGCAGCAGCAACAGCAACAGCAACACAACCAGCAGCAGCAACACCAACAGCAUCAGCAGCAGCAGCAGCAACAUCAUCCCCAGCACCACGACAACAGCAAUAGCAGCAGCAACAUCGAUCCACUGUUCAACUACCGCGAGGAGUCGAACGACACAAGUUGCUCCCAGCACCUGCAUUCGCCCAGCAUCACCUCCAAGAGUCCCGAGGAUAGCAGCCUCCCAUCGCUGUGCAGUCCCAAUUCGCUGACUCAGGAGGAUGAGUUCUCCUUCGAGGACUUCGCCAUGCGUGCUCCUUACAUCCCGAUCGAUGAUGAUAUGCCACUGCUGACGGAGACGGAUCUCAUGUGGUGUCCACCAGAGGAUCUGCAGACCAUGGUGCCCAAGGAGAUCGACGCCAUACAGCAGCAGUUGCAACAGCUGCAGCAGCAACAUCAUCAGCAGUACGCCAGCAAUAAUGGCUACCAGCAGCAGCAGCAGCAAUCCGGUGUCCACCAGCAGCAGCAUUUCUCCAACUCCUUGUGCUCAUCACCUGCUUCGACGGUCUCGUCCUUGUCGCCAUCGCCAGUGCAGCAGCAACAUCAACAGCAGCAGCAGCAGGCGGCGGUUUUCACCAGCGAUUCCAGCGAACUGGCAGCACUGCUGUGCGGAUCCGGAAAUGGAACCCUUUCGAUUUUGGGAGGAAGUGGUGUGACCGUUGCGGAGGAGUGCAAUGAGCGACUCCAGCAACAUCAGCAGCAGCAGCAACAGCAGGGUGGCAACGAGUUCAGGAGUUUCCAGCAGCUGCAGCAGGAGUUGCAGUUGCAGGAGGAGCAGCAGCAGCGCCAGCAGCAACAGCAACAACAGCAGCAGCAGCAACAGCAGUUACUCAGCCUGAGCAUCGAGUGCAAAAAAGAGAAAUACGAUGUGCAGAUGGGAGCCAGCUUAUGUCAUCCCAUGGAGGAUGCAUUUGAGAACGACUACAGCAAGGACUCCACGAAUCUGGACUGCUGGGACCUUCUACAGAUGCAGGUGGCGGAGGCGGCUCCCGUGAGUCCCUCUGCCUCGUCCCCUGCCCUCAGCAAGGUGACCACCAUCCAGUUGCUGCAGCACCAGCAGCAACUCCAGCAGCAGCAGCAUCAGCAGAACAUCAUCCUGAAUGCCGUGCCAUUGAUCACCAUUCAGAAUAACAAGGGAUUGAUGCAACAGCAGCAGCAGCAGCAGCAGGAGCAGCUCCAGCAGUCUUCGUUGAAACUGUUGAAUGGAGCCAACAUAGCGCCAGUGACCACCAAGGCCACCAUUCGCCUGGUGGAGAACAAGCCACCCACCACGACGCAACCUCGGUUGGCCAAGGUGAACCUUGUCCCCCAGCAACAGCAGCAGCAUGGAAACAAGCGCCACUUAAACAGCGCGACAGGAGCAGGCAAUCCCGUGGAAUCGAAGCGCCUGAAGAGCGGAACCAUCUGCCUGGAUGUGCAGUCACCGCAGCUCCUGCAGCAGCUGAUUGGCAAGGAUCCUGUACAACAGCAGGCACAGGCAGCCAAGCGGGCAGGAAGCGAGCGCUGGCAGCAGUCGACGGAGAACAAGCAGCAGAAACAGCAGCAGCAGCAGUCGAACUCGGUGCUGAAGAACCUGCUGGUCAGCGGACGCGAUGUUAGCGAAUCCGAACCCAUGAUGAUCGAUGAGGACAACUCCUUGGAGCAGUCCAGCCCCCUUGGCAAGUAUGGUUUGCCCCUGCACUGCCACACCUCCACGUCGGCGGUGCUGCGGGACUUCCACCACAAUCCGCUGAUUAGCGGCACCAACUUCCAGCUGUCUCCGGUCUUUGGAGGCUCAGAUGCUGGAGGAGGUGACUGCGAAACAGGGUCAGUGGUUUCCCUAGAUGAUUCAGUGCCUCCGGGCCUGACAGCUUGCGAGACCGAUGCCUCCAGCGACAGUGGCAUCGAUGAGAACAGUCUGGUGGACGGGGCAUCGGGGACACCGCGUAAGAGGGUGCCCCUGACAUCCACUUCCAGUGAGCAGGUUGAAGCUGCACCACCGCCAUUGGAUGUGGUGACAGCAGUGAUCCAGCAGUCAGGAGAGGAGGAGCUCGAGGGAUGCGGAACCAUCAGUAAUGCCCCCAGCAGGAAGACCUCCAUUUCCUUCCUGGACAGCAGUAAUCCCCUGCUGCACACGCCGGCCAUGAUGGACCUGUGCAACGACGACUACAUCAUGGGCGAGGGCGGCUUCGAGUUCAGCGAGAACCAGUUGGAGCAGGUCCUGGGAUGGCCAGAGAUCGCCUAGGACUGCCUAGGAUACCCUUGCAUGCAUGCAUUUGAUAGAAGGGCAUUUUUGGGCGGAGGAUGAGGAUGAGAGGGAGAAGAAAACAUUGAAAUUAAACUGAGCAUCUGAGAGAAAGCUAACCAAAAGAUUGAUUUUGAGCCUUGCGAUAAAGAAGGAGAGUAGCACAACCGACCUGACAAGACCUAUCCCCACCAACCAUUUGACCCCAGACCCCGACCCCGACCACUGACCACUGAGCCCAUGCUAACCGACACAUUUACAAACAGGAAGGGUUAAUCACACUUGAAUAGUUUUGUAGCCAUGUUAACUGCCUAGAACAGAAGAAUAUACACGUAUGUACUUUAGUCUUAAUGUUUUUCUAUAUGCGAACCGUUUACACACCAACAGAAGGAUGAGGAGCAACACAGAGGAGGAGGAGUACCAGUCGAUGAAUAACGAUAAACUUACAAACCACGAAAAGAGAAAAUAUCUGGGAAAAUGUUCAUAGUUUUUUGCUAGAAGGCUCAAACAAGUUUUUUGGUGAUGGUUGUAUUCUGUUUAUAACUUUCAAGCGAAAAAGCUGUGACGAAAAAAAAGUUUUUGAACAUGUUUUACAAAUAAAUAUAUUAAACAAAAAAAUGAAAAAAAAAAAAAAAAAAAAAAAAAUAUUAUUGUAAUGUCUAGUUUAAGAUUUAAUUUCAAUGUUUUCAAAGUGAAAGUUUUUAGUAAUAUUUUAAGUAUAAUUAUUCGAACUAAGCAAAUAUCUACCCGAUUCAGUUGAUCUUAACUUCAGGCUAUACUUUGUGCAUUUCUACCAGUUUACUUUGUGUCAAUCACUUUCAAUAAUUUCUCGAUUUUGCAUCCCUUUGAUAUCGAUUCUUUAUGUAAACUAGUUUUAGUUCUGUUUAAGGCGCAUCUUACAAAACCAGCUGUUUGCUUGCUUAAAUCCAAAUUCAAUCCAUGUUCAGUGUUUCUAAACUUGUUUUAAUAUUAAUUGGCAAAUAAAUAUAGAAUUCAUUUCGAUGAAAGUUGCAUGCAGAAAA